GAAUGGGGUUAUCACAGUCUAUAUAUGGACACUGAAAGUUUCCGGCUGCAUUCGUUCACAUAAGAAAUUGUGCGAAAAGCUAUUAGGUUGCAGUGCGUCAAUCGUUAAACAAGUGACUGUUACCUAAAUUAAGUUAUUAGUUGGCUUGUAAGUGGCAGAUAUCAUACAGCGUGACAUUCUGCAACUAGACGGCAUUGUUGCAUAAUCAAUGAAGACCAAGUGACGAUCUGAAUGUCAUUUUCAGAUGAAAGAAUGAUGUUGCUAUCAGUUAACAAUGAUGGAUAUCUCCAAGUUGGUCGUUUGAAAAAUAUUAUCCAACCGCCCCUCGCGAUAUCCCUUCUGAUUAGUGGAAAGUAAGUUUCAAGAAUGGAAAAACGAGGCAAGGAGGCUUGGUUCGACGCCCCAAGCAAACCUGUCAAAACGUUCCAUUCUUUUGACAACGAGAAUACACCAUCCAGGGAUAAAACUGACUUUAAGAUGUCUAAGGACGAAGAAAACUCGGUUCUUUUUCUCGUUGGAAGUCGCAUGGCAAGCACCGGUGCCCACGGGAUCCCUAACAUCCAGCGAGCCUCAAACCUAUGGCGCCGACUCAUCUGGGUACUGCUCUUCUGUGGUGGAGUCAGCGUGGUCGUUUGGCAGGUAACGACCCUUAUCAUCACCUUCUUCAGCUUUGGCGUCGAUGUCAAUAUCGACUACGUCCGACAACGUGCCAUUAAGUUUCCUGCAGUCACCGUCUGUAACCUCAACCCUGUGCCCAUAUCAAAGGCUGGUUAUGUCUUGAAUCUAGCGUCGGACAACCCAAACUCGACAUCUAUGUUCAGAGGCCUUCUACCACAUAACAACUCUGCAUCAGAGUCUACGGGAUACCAAGACUGGGGGAACGUAAACUUUGAUGAGUUAGACACCCGUGUUAGCAACUUGCAGGUCGCCCAGGGCAUCAUUGGUAGCACGGCGUAUGAGAACCGGAGUGAAACCGGGCAUGACCUCGAUGACAUGCUUCUUGAUUGCGACUUCGAGAACUAUCCAUGUACACCGGGCAACUUUUCACACUUCUAUAACUACCUGUACGGAAAUUGCUUCACCUUUAACUCCGGAGAAUUCGAGAAGCUUCUCACAGUGUCAAAAGUAGGACCAUUAUAUGGUCUUUCUCUGGAGCUGUACAUCCAGCAGAGUGAAUACAUAUCGUCCCUACAGCCCUCGGCGGGUCUACGGCUUCUCGUACACGAUCAGAACGAGAUGCCCUUCCCCGAGGAUCAGGGGAUAAACUUGGCUCCAGGAGCCCAUGCCUCUGUCGGGUUGUCAAUGGCUUACCUGGAAAGAUUGGGUACACCUUACACAAAUUGUUCUUCUGAAUUCAAGCCUGGUAAUAUCUUCAAAGAUAAAUUCCGUCACCUUGAUUAUUCUAGAUCGGCAUGCGAGAAAAAUUGUUAUUUUAGUGAAGUAAUGAGAGUGUGCGGAUGUGCCGAUGUCAAGUACAAUUAUAAUAAUUCUGCUACACCUUGCGACUCGGACAAAGCGGUAUGUGUGUCUGAGGUCGAGGAAAAUUACACAAGCGGUAUGCUUGCGUGUGGCUGCACAAUGCCUUGUAGACAGCACAUCUAUGAGAUCACAGUAUCAGAAGCUUCUUGGCCAAACAUCGGGUACGCGGAAACUGUUGAAAGGAACAUUGAAGGUGUAUCAGAUGAUUUGAUGGAGAGAGUUCAUGACGAGGGUGCCGAAACUUUUAUAAGUAACAACGUUCUGAAAGUAACCAUAUUCUACGAGAGUCUCCAGUAUGAAUACAUUUAUCAGACAGCAGCAUAUGGUAUAUACUCCCUGAUCAGCGAUCUCGGUGGCCAGAUCGGUCUCUGGAUAGGAGUCUCUAUCCUCACCAUCUUCGAGUUCAUCGAGCUCGUAUACGACCUCAUUAAGCUCAUCUGUCUCAGAGUGACGGAUCCGCACAUGAAGAAGAAGAGCUCACAAAAUAACUCGAAACAAAAUAACGUCAUGUCCCUUGAAGGGCGGACAAAUAGCCUCUUUGGGGAUCGCUGACGGCACAGGGAUCCCUGGGUAUCUUUUAACUCUUUGCCGAUUCAUCGGUUUGCUAAUAGUAACUCAUCGCCAUCAUCAUGUGUUGAACUACCUUAUGGAUGCAGAAUCCUGAAGCAAGCGAACGGAGCUGAAAUCCUGAAAGAACAGUAAUCGCAUGACAGAAUUCAAUUGCAACAAAUAUUGACGCAAUUAUGACAUUGUGAAGGACUGUGCGAGUGACAUCAUAAUGUGUACAUCAAAAUAAUGAAUGGUUAUUUUUUUUAAACAACCAAAUGAGGAACGACAGUACAGAAUAAACUAUGCCUUAUAUACAGACAGUCUUUCUUGACGCAUAAUUUUAAAUUAUGGAAUCGUCGACCAACGAAUGUCCACCCUAGCUGUGGCUUCGACUAUGGCGUACAGUGUAAUUGUCAACUGGUCUUUUUUUAAUGUAUAUGGGCUGAAUUUCUUGAACAUUAAUGAAAAUUAUUCAUAAUUCUGUUCAGAUUUAGCAUGAAAAUAUAAGUAAAAUAUUUUUGCUUAAAUAAGCUGCGCUGGGUGUAAGUGUCUGCGUCUUGGAGUCAACAACUGGAUGUGGUGACGAAGAUGAAUUUGUACACAGCAAAAACUGCGGUGUUAACCGGUGUACAUAGAGGACCACACCAGUUAUUUUACACCGGUGUUAAAUUGACAGUGUUAGUUUUAGCACCUAUAGGUGUUAUUGCAACACCUUUGGUUGUUACAUGUACACUCUUUGGUGUUAUAUUCAAUCUCUAGGGUGUAAUUUUAACACCAGAGGGUGUGGUCCUCUAUUAACACCCACUGGUGUCAGUUUUAACACCACAGUUUUUACAGUGUAUGGUCAGCUCAUCGAUGCGCUAAUAUUCUUCAAUGUAACUUUUUUUUUAAAUUCACAGGCAUGUGAUUUCAUUAUACCAUGACAAUUUUACAAUAUUCUGCUAGUUUGUUCUGUCUUUGGUUUUUCGUAAUAAUAUAGUUUCGUAAUAGUUCAAUAAUUAUUUUUAGAACAUUAUUUAUAUUCUAUCUUUCGGCAGGGUUUCUUUCAGCUGUUCAUUAAAAAAACAGUAUACUUAAUUCGAGCUAUGUUACAUGAUUUACUUAAUUCCAACUUUAAGAAUACAUUGUUGAGUGUGC